AUUUUACUUUAUUUAAAGCCAUGAGUUCCCAUAUUUAUUUGGGUUACUUCCAACCAAUCUUUUUUGGGCGUACCCCUUUCCAUUUUCACUUGUCUUGAACUAACUCGCAUUGAGUCGAUGCCACACAUGACCAGCCCACUUAAAUUUACUCUUUCAUUUUAACGUUUAUUGGUGUAACACAUAAACCUUCUUGAAUGGAUUCAUUUCAAAUUUUAUCCAUUUUUGUCGUGUGACACCUAAUAAGUCUACUAUCUCUCAUUUAUCACCUAUUGGUACAACACCUAAAAUUAUCUAUAUAUUUAAUUAUAUUUUAUAUAUUGGGACUUAAAGAAUAUUAAAUGACUCAAACCUGGAUCCAAUCGGACUGGAACUUGAAUAGUAUUCGGAUCCAAGAUUUGACCCAACCUACCAAGACCAAUUUUAAGACCUAUACCUGAACCAAGAUCAAGUUUAUCGUCGAGUCCUGGGGCGGGUCCGCGUCCGGGUCAAUUGCCACCGGUACCUUGGGGGCUUUGCACGAUAGAUGCCGUUAGAGAUCAUCCGCUGAUGUGAUAUUCAGCUGACAUUUUCUCUCAAAGUCAUUAAAUGUUACUCAAUUUUGUCUCUCUAGGAUAUCUGGAACUCCAAUGGAUAAGUCCAAGACGCCCACGUCAAUGUCAUCCCCUUCACAAAACGAGAGAGAGAGAAAGCAGGCUCCAGAAGAGAGAAAAUGGAAGAUUAAGAUUCAUUCUCUCCUAAAACAAGUAGAGGGAACCAGAGAGCAAACCAGGAAAUUUGGACACAGAGAAAAGAGGAGAGAGAUUGAAAAAAUUUCCAUAAGAGAAUGACCGAGCAUUUCUUCCUGAAAAUAUAGAUAUAGACAUACAAUCCUCUAAAAAACGAGAGAGAGAGGCUGCCUUUUCUGAGGAGAGAGAAAACCAGGAAAAAACCGGGCUUCAAUCUAGAGAGAGAAAAUCCAUGGCUGUUUCCUCGUCCAUCGACCCAAAGAACGGCUUCUGCAGAGAGAACUGCAUAUUCUACAGCCUCCACCCUCCGCUCCUCCUCCCCUCCCCCUGUAUCCCCCUUGACAUUACGUCCUACAGUUUCUCUCUCUACCCCCCGUCCGACUCCCCCGCCAUCAUCGACGCCUCCAACGGCGCCCGCAUCUCCCACCGCGAGCUCCGCUCCCUCGUCCUCUCUCUCUCUUCCUCCCUCCAACACACCCUAGACAUCCGAAAAGGCGAUGCAGUCCUCAUUCUCUCUUCUCCCUCCAUUUAUGUCCCAGCCCUGUAUCUCGCCAUUCUCUCUCUCGGCGCCAUCGUCACCACCUCAAACCCCUUGAGUACAGAAUCCGAGCUAGAGCACCAGAUCGGAAUCUCAAAACCGGUCCUCACUUUCACCCACUUUUCUCUCUCUCACAAAACCUCCACUUUCCGGCACAGAGUCAUUGCGAUCGAUUCCCCCGAAUUCAGAGAACUCGCCGUUCCGUCGAAACCUGUUCGUCGAGAGGCCGAGAUCCAUCAGAACGACCCGGCAACCAUACUGUACUCCUCAGGGACCACGGGGAGGGUCAAGGGAGUGCUGUUGUCCCACCUCAACUACAUCGCGGUGGUCGCAGGGUACAAAGCAGAGGCAGAGGACAGGGCGGCGCCUCCCAUCGCGCUGAUGACCGUUCCGUUGUUUCACAUAUUCGGAUUUUUCAUGGUUUUGAAAACGGUGGCGCUGGGGGAGACGAUGGUGCUGAUGCCGAAGUUUGAGUUUUCGGUGCUUUUAAGGGCGGUGGAGAAGUACAGGGUCACGUAUAUGCCGGUGGCGCCACCUCUGGUGGUGGCGCUGGCGAAGGCGGAUGAGGUGUUGAAGUACGAUUUGAGCUCAUUGGAAACAAUUGGGAGCGGAGGCGCGCCGCUUGGGAAGGGCGUGAUCGAGAAGUUUGCCAAGCGCUUCCCCAAGGUCGAAGUUAAACAGGGAUAUGGGCUUACAGAAUCGACUGGCACUGCAACCCGGACCACUAGAUUGGAGAAUAAGAAACACGGAUCAGCUGGCAAGCUUUCAGCUAACAUUGAGGCAAGAAUUGUUGACCCUGAAACUAACAAGCCUUUGGCACCUGGCAUGCGCGGGGAGCUCUGGUUAAGGAGCCCUACUAAUAUGAAAGGUUAUGUUGGGAAUGCAGAGGCAACAGCUGCAACUUUAGACCAUGAAGGAUGGUUGAAGACAGGAGAUUUAUGCUACAUAGACGACGAGGGUUAUCUCUUCGUGGUUGACAGGCUCAAGGAGUUGAUCAAGUACAAGGCAUAUCAAGUUCCCCCUGCAGAAUUGGAGCACCUCUUACUGUCUCACCCGGAGAUUGCAGACGCUGCUGUUAUACCAUACCCUGACGAAGAGGCAGGGCAAAUACCUAUGGCAUUUGUGGUCCGGAGGCCUGGUAGCUCCCUUAGUGAGAAGCAAGUCAUGGAAUUCAUUGCCAAGCAGGUUGCACCAUACAAAAAGAUUCGUAAACUCUCUUUCGUGGGUUCGAUUCCAAAAUCACCUGCCGGAAAGAUUCUUAGGAAGGAUUUAGUGGCUCAGGCUCGCUCUCCUGCAUCUAAAUUGUGAUGCAUGGUGGAUCACAAGAAAGGUUCUAAUGGCACCUUUUGAUAAAGAGAACUGAAUAGUUUAGAUCUUGUAUCGCUAGAAUUGGCAGUCAAUAUCCUAGAGGCCACACAUCAUGGUUGCUCUUCAACCUCACAGAUGUCAUUUUGUCAAGACAUGGAUCAUAUGCUUGUAAUUGCCAAGGCAUUCGAUCCAUUUGAGCAUGUUAAAAAAAAAAAAUUAAGUGAAUUUCAGAGAUUAAAGAUUUCUAAUAGUGGUUUUCG